AUGGCCGAGCCCAACAUCGACAUCGGCCAGCUGUCCGAGGACCAACAGCUGGCACUCCAGCAGUUUACCGCCGUCACCGACCAGAGUGUUGAGCAGGCGAUCCCGCUGCUGCAACGCUGCCAAUGGAACGUCCAGAUCGCAAUAUCCAGGUUCUUUGAUGGCGAACCCGCCGAGCCCGUCAUUCCAGAGGAGUCGAUACCCGCGCCACAGGACCCGCGCCGCAGAGAAACGCUUGCCAACGGCUUUGGCAGUUCGUCUCGCUCUUCGUCCGCAGGCAGGCGGGCCUUAGAACCGGCGCCGCGCGUUGUUCCGCAACCAGAGAGCCAGGUCACCCACCAGGCGCCCUUGCUACUCUCCGUCAUCAUCUUCCCCUUCCGCUUCGCCUACGGCAUCGUAUCGCGCUUCUUCAACCUCUUCUCCUACCUAUUCCCAUUCCUUCCGCGCCUUUUCGCAAGUCGAGCCGCCUCGCAAGGACGCAGGAGAGAUACCAGCGGGCGUCGUUCCCUCAGCCCUCGAGACACGGCUGCCAGGUUCAUACGGGAGUUUGAGGAGGAAUACGGGAGUCAUGAGCUGCCUUUCUUUGAGGGAGGUUAUGCGCAGGCGUUUGAUCUGGCCAAGAAGGACCUCAAGUUCCUUCUGGUCAUCUUGAUCUCGCCGGAGCAUGACGACACCACAUCGCAUGUGCAGGAGACAUUGUUGGCCCCAGAGGUGGUGAACUUCUUGAAGGACCCGCAAAACAACAUAAUCGUUUGGGCUGGAAAUGUCCAAGACGCCGAGGCAUACCAGGUGUCCAAUGCACUGAACUGCACCAAGCUCCCGUUUGCUGGACUCAUAGUGCACACCCCCUCGGUUUCGUCUACGGCAAUGUCCGUCGUCGCCCGCAUUGUUGGCCCAACCCCGCCGUCCACUUUCAUGUCCAGACUCCAGACUGCCGUUGCCCAAAACGCAGAACCAUUGAACCGGGUCCGGGCUACGCGAGCGGAACAGCAGGCGGCGAGAAAUAUCCGCCAAGCUCAAGACACCGCAUAUGAGAGAUCACUUGCGCAAGAUAGAGAGAGGGCAAGACAGAAGCGAGAAGCAGAGGAGGCCAGAAAGCGCGCCGAGCAGGAGGAGCGCGAGAGGCAAGAAGCGAAGGAAAGAGAGGCACGCAACCUUGAGCAAUGGAGGAAAUGGAGGGUACAGUCCAUCGCUUCGGAACCAGACAACGACGUCAAGGAUGUCGUCAGAAUUAGUCUGCGUAUGCCGUCUGGCGACAGAGUCGUGCGGAAGUUUGCGCCGGAUACUUCGAUCGAAGAACUCUACGCUUUCGUUGAGUGCUACGACUUGCUCCAAGACGACGCAGCGGAAGCUGGAGCGGAGAAACCCCCGUCGUACAAUCACGAGUACAAGUUCGUUCUCGUCUCACCUAUGCCGCGCGAAGAGUUCGGGUUGGAGAAGGGUGGGACUGUUAGGGAACGCAUCGGCCGCAGCGGCAACCUGAUUGUCGAAAGGACAGACCUCGAGGACAGCGAAGAAGAAGAGGAGUAA